AUGAAGGAUAUCGCUGAGAAAGACGGGCUACUCUUCUAUAAGAACCGACUCUAUAUUCUGGCAGACGACUGCAUCAAGAUCCGAAUUGCACAGUCAGAACACGAUUCGAAGGUGGCAGGACACUUUGGACAAGAUAAAACUUUGGAACUCAUCACGCGCAACUUCUAUUGGCCAAAAAUGAACGAGUGGAUUGAUGAUUACGUUCGGUCAUGUGACGAGUGCCAACGCAAUAAACCCAGCCGCCACAAGAAAUACGGUGCGCUUCUACCACUGUCCACGCCACAUGCUGUCUGGCAUUCAAUAUCAAUGGACUUCAUCGUGCAGUUACCGGAAUCAAAGGGAUACAACCAAAUUUGGGUAGUAGUCGAUAGGUUCUCGAAGAUGUCUCACUUCAUCCCACUAGUAGCAGAAACGACCGCGCAGGAUUUAGCGAAGAUAUUCCUUGGUCAAAUCUGGGACGCCAAGUUUACUUCAAGCUUUUGGGCAUCCCUUAUGGAAUUAUUGGACGUGAAGAUAAGAAUGAAGCGGGUCAACCAAACCCUCGAGCACUAUCUACGAGCAUUCUGCAACUACGAGCAAGAUGAUUGGGCAGAGCUACUCCCGUUGGCGGAGAAUGCUUACAACAACUCGGUUACCACCGCCACGGGUCAAUCUCCGUUCUACACCAAUUAUGGGUACAACCCAAGAACCAACUGGCCGACGGAAGCCGAAGUGGUCAAUCCAACCAGUGACCUGUAUGCUCACUUCAUCCGAGGAGUUCACGAUUCUGCUCUCGCUCAGUUAACAGAUACCAGGGAGAAGAUGGGGAAAUACUAUGAUCGGAAAAGGGACGAACCGCCGAAUUUCAAGAAAGGCGACAUGGUCAUGCUUAAUGCGGCCAAUAUUAAGACACGUCGCUCCACCAACAAGCUCGAUCAUAAGAAACUCGGUCCGUUCAAGAUCAUCCGACUAGCCGGGAAACGAGCUUGUGAGUUGGAACUGCCACUACAAGUCAAAAUCCAUAAUGUGUUCCACAUCGAACUCUUGGAUCGUUAUCGACAGAGCAGUAUCCCAGGCCGCGAACAACGUCCCCCAACUCCCGAAGAGGUCGAUAGGGAAGGAGAGGUUCUGUAUGAAGUGGAAAGUAUUGUGGGAAGCCGGAAGAGUAUAAGAGGAUUAGUGGAAUAUCUGGUGAAAUGGCGGGGCUAUUCGAUGAGCGACUGUACUUACCAAGUCAUGGACGUUAUGAACGAAGACGUACUUGAUCUAGUCCGCGACUUUCAUCGAAGGAACCCCAAGGCCGUGAAGGAUCAACGCCUGAGACUAUAG